GGGAGGGAAGUACGGCAGCCGCUGCUGCUGCUUUGCUGCAGAGGAGUAUGGGAGGUGCGACGUGGAAAGUCUGGAUGACCAUUUUUUACACUGCUGUGGUUUGGACCAGACUCACUGUACUCGCAGUCUCUCAGUCUGUAUGCUUCCACUUGUACUUUGUACUAAAAUGUAGCACUGUGUUCAUUCAGGGAAUUCCUUGAGUCGUGCUCUAGAGGAGGGUCUUCGUCAUGGACGGGGGCUUGAUUAUUACUUUAACAUCGGUUGCGAUGUUUGUGGGCUGUUUUGUUCUUGGGCUCGUACCGAUCCUGUUUAGACUUUCAGAGAAAAGCCUGCAGAUCGUGUCCAGCCUGGGAGCAGGACUCCUGUGUGGGACCGCACUGGCCAUCACCAUCCCAGAGGGAGUGAGUCUACUGCAGGAGUCGUGGAGGAGCGCCUGCACUGCCUUGGACACGUCGUCCAAUCUCAACAGCAGCGACAGAAAUUUGUCGUCCACGGCCAAAGAAGCUCCGCCCAACUUUGUCAUUGGAGUGUCGCUGACGUUGGGGUUCACAUUUAUGUUUAUUGUGGACCAGGUUGGACGUUACAUUUCCACACGAGGCCGGUUGAGUUGGUUGUCUAACAGCAUUGGCUGCACAGUCACUUUGGGACUUGUCAUUCACGCUGCAGCUGAUGGGUUUGCUCUGGGCGCUGCUGUAUCCACGGGUCAAGUGACAGUGCAAAUUAUCAUGUUUUUAGCUGUGAUUCUACACAAGGCACCAGCAGCCUUUGGUUUGGUCUCUUUUCUGAUGCACACCGGCCUUGAAAAGAAGUACAUCCAGGGACAUUUACUGGCCUUUUCAGCAGCAUCACCCAUAGUGGCCAUCAUCACAUACUUCAUAUUAGAAGCGACUGGUAACUCUUCUCAGAAGCAGCUCGUUUCCACAGGUGUGGGAAUGCUCUUCUCUGCAGGGACUUUUCUUUACGUGGCCACAGUGCACGUUCUUCCAGAGAUCAGCAGUGGUAGAACAGUCCAUCCAACAUCUGAACUCCAUCAGGAUACAGUCAGUGAGAUCCACCAGCAGCAUUUCGUGGGACUCCUGGAGAGCGUCACUCUGAUCCUGGGGGUCGGAAUUCCAAUGGUGCUGGCCAUUGGCUUACAUGACGACUAAAAAAAAAAAAAAAUCCAAAGGACACCCUGUCACCACACUUUAAGGAAACAUGUCAGACCCCAUCCUGUUACCUUUGUGUCUCUUGUUUGUCCAUCAAAAGGUCAAAGAUGGAGGAUCCUACAUGACUGGAGGCUGAAACAUGUCACAGUAUCUUAGGUGGACGUGGAGAAGUGUAAGUAACUACUGUGUCAUCAAGGGAACAUUCAAAGGGGUUUUGUCAUUCAGUCAGUGUUUUACUGAAGUAAUGUUCAUGGUAUUUUAGAAAAUCAAAAUUUACGUCAUUCCUGUUGCAAUUAAAUAGUUUUUAUUUGACUUAUUAGUGUUUUUCACAUUCUUCACACAGGUGAACAGUGGCAUGAUAGCUGACAUUUGUUGUUCCAUGUGUAACAUGUGGCUUCUUUGUAACCAGACACAAAAAGACACCAGUGUAAAUGUCAAUAUUGAUGCUUUUUAAUUACUUGAAUUUUAAAAAUAACCCAGAAGUAACUCAUGUCUUGUCUCUUAACAUUUUACAUUUUUUCCAAGUCUGGUUUCGUCAAUCAAUCAACUUUGCUCUGUUCAUACAAAUAUAAAACUGCUCUGUUUCUGUCACAUGUAUUUCACACAGGAUUACAACUGUCUCUGCAAACAUGUCACAUUUGUUGUUUACUGACUUAUUGGAGAGUCAAUAGUGUUUCAGCUGCACUUGUGUGUUUUAUGUAUUAUCAGAACUUUCAUCUUAACAAUUUCUCUCAGCAAAAACACUUGUCUAACAACAUUUCAAAUAUAAAAAAAAUAAUGUGUUAAUAAUUAGGAGUAUGUCAUCUUGAGAAUUAAAAGCAGGUCGAUGA